AUGAGCGGCGGCACGCUGAUUGCCGGCGCGGCAAAAGGGGCCGCAUACGUUUACAAGCGCGGCAGCGACAGGUCGUGGACUCAGACGGCCAAGAUUGCCGUGAACGCCACGGACGAUCGGCGAUUUGUCGGUGCAUUAAGGACUGGCCUCAGCGGCGACGUCGCGUUCUUCGGGGACUACAUCGACAGCGACAACGGGCAACAAGCCGGCUGCGUCUACGUGUUCCAGGAGCAGCCUGACGGGUCGUGGGCGCAAACCGACAAGCUUCUGGCCGAAGACGGGGCGGCAGGCGACAGAUUCGGGUUUUCGCUCGAGAUGAGCGGGCGUGCGGCUGUUGUCGGCGCCCCGAAUCACCAGACCAACGCCGGGGCAGCGUACGUGUACGAACGGGCGCAAGGCUCCUGGGAGAUGGCUGCCAAGCUUGCGCCGGACAAUGCCGGCGCGGAGCAGUUCGGGCGGACCGUGGCAAUCAGCGGCGGCAUCAUCAUCGUCGGAGCCAACAGCUUCGGAGUAGCAGCAUACGUAUUCGAGCACGGGACAGACGACUCCUGGUCGCAGACGGCACGGCUGGUUCCGGAGACCGACCGGUCAAACUACAAGGGCGCAAACGUGGCGGUCAGCGGCCACACGGCCGUCGUCCACAGCGAAGGGUCCUUCACGUCAGGACACUUCAUCUACAUCUUCGAGCGGCAGGCCGACAGGUCAUGGUCCCGGGCCGCCCGGCACAGGUCUCCGAAUCCCUGGGCGCAGGAAGUUAGGAGCUUCUUUGGCUGGGCGAUCUCGGUGUCUGGCAGCAUCGUCGUCGUGGGCGAUGUACGGAGCAAGAGUAUCACCGUAGAGUACCAAGGAACGGAAAACGGCUUCGCCCACGUGUACCAGCGGGCAAGCAACGGGUCGUGGCCGGAGGUCGCCGAAAUUGUCCCCAGAGAUACUCUGACGAGGGACAACUUCGGGGCAAACGUUCUCGUCAGCGGCAGCACGGUGCUGAUAUCUGCAACGCGCGCGGACUUGAACGGCGCCGAGUCCGGUGCGGUGCACGCGGUCGACCUGCUCGCGGUCUUCUCCCCGCGGAAUGACUGCCCGCGGAGCACGACCUCGGCCGAUCCGGAGCUCGUCAGCGCCUGCGAGGACGCCGAUGGAGACGGCGUGGUGAACUGGCUGGACAACUGCCCCGCUGAUGCCAACCCCGAGCAGAGCGACGGUGACGGGAACGGCGUGGGCGACGCGUGCCAGGCGCUGCCAACCACCGCCCCGCCGACGACGACAGCCGCCCCGACGACCACACCGGCCCCGACAACGACGACAGCUGCGCCGCCAACGACUGCUGCACCGAGGACGACUGCAGCGCCGGCGCCGACGCGUAGGCCAUUCCCGACGCCAACAUUUGCGCCUCGUCGGCCGUCCAGCCCCACCCAGGCCCCUUCAGCGCCAGUACAAACAAGCGGACCGGUACAAACUAGGGCGCCGGUGCCCACGCAGCCUCCGCCGACCGACCCGCCCCAAGUGUUCCGCUUCACCCUGAGCCUCUCCAUCCAGUUCACGGAGACUCCGACGCCGGAAGCUCUCAGCCAGGUGGAGUUCGCGCUGCGGGAGUGGAUCAACGUCCCGGGCGACGUCACCAUGUCCGUGUCCAUCGUUGCGGCAACAAAGCGCCGAUUGCUGCAAGGGGCCACAUAUGCGGUUUCGGCGUCCUUCGAGACGCGGAGCCAGGCGUCCGCGACGACAGUGCACCAGCGCACGUCCACCAGCGCUGCUGCCACGCCUGCGGGUCUCGAGCGCGGGCUCGCAGACAGGACAGGCAUCACUGCUGUUGUCAGCGACAUUGGCGUGUCGUCAGUCGAGUCAGGCCGCGCCGAGGAGCCGACCGCGGGCCAGACGUCAGCCGCGGGGGGAUCAUCGUCCUCGGGAGCGGGAGUAGUGGUCAUCGCUGCCGCGGCAGGCGGCGCGGGGGUGGUCGUUUUGGUUGUCGCGGGCGCCGUCGUUGCUGUCGUGCAGACAAAGAGACUCAAAAGGGCUGCGCCGGAGGCGGCGGCAGCUAGCGGAGGUGACUGUGGUGCGCAGGCGAAGGAGGACGACGCCCCGGAUGUGCGUCCGUCAGCCCCCCCAGCCGCGUCGCCCACCAACUCACCAAGGGGGGGAGUCAUGGGGGACUCAGGGAAGUGGCAGCUCAGCUGA